CAGCAGGUCUGGGAUGACUGGGAUGCUUAAUAUUAGCAUGCAUUGCCGGGUCAAUGGUGCCUAUUUUUUAGGGGUUCAUCACCCGGACACACUGAGCCGUCAGCCUUCCAGCAGUAGGUUGCUCAGUUUUCAGCUGGCCACAUCCAGAUGGAUGGAGGCACUGUGCUACCGUUUGCAGGGCAUCCAUGCGCCAUCCAUUGCUGUUGUGUUGCUGGCGCGCGCGAACGCGUGCCAUGCCCUUGUACAAAGCUUCAACAAAUCUACAGUAUUUGAUCCUCAAGAUAGUGGAGCCGCGCAGUCAUCGUUACAGUCAUCGUUCCUUGAGCCGAACGGAAAGUUGUCUGGAAGAUCCAUGUGUCGAGCGCAGCGCUUGACAUUUGGACGAUCCGUGCGGGUUGGACGACCUUUGUGAAUCAUUCGUGACAUUUGGAUCAAGCUCAAGUUCAGGGUGUUCUGUGAAACAGCGAGAUCAGCUGAGUGCGCCACUGCGCAAUGUCCCCCAAGUCUCGAUGAGACCUCCCCUGUGGCUUGGAGCGUGCACCGUACUUGGAGCCACGCGAGAGGCCUGGGCUGGCUCAUUGCAGGAGCCACGGGUCGUCUUCUCCGCGAACGCCACGCGGAAGGUCUUGGCCGUCCCAGGUCUGCAGGAUGGCUUCCUGAGCCUCGUGGUCCCGCGAUUGGACUUGAAAGAAGGCGAUGUGGUGGAGGUCGCCACGGAGCUGGGGAAGACAAGCUUGCUGGACGUGGCCUGGACAGCGGGGCAAAUCCUUUCGAAGCGUGGCACGGAGAUUGAGUUGAGGCCGCUGGAUGAGCAGCUCAAACCCUUCUGGUUCAGUGGGGUGCUGUUCCGUCGCUUCCCAUGGCGAUAUGUGGCUUUGGACGUCAACGACGCUGUGGAGGUCUGUACGACGCGCGGCUGGGAGCUGGCCCACGUGCAAAGCAUCCAAGCAGCCAAUGACAGCAUCGCUGUGGCCUUUGAAGAUGGUGAGACGUUCCCUUUGGGCCGGCCCUGGGUGCGGCGUCCGGCAGGAAACGUAUUGGGAUCCAUGGACUAUGCGCAGAUUGCGGUCGAUGACAAGGUGAAGGUUGAGACAUCCAGAGGUUGGGAGAUGGCCAAGGUGCUUCACAAGGGCGACUCCACCCUGGAUCUGGAGAUGUGCCCCGAUGGCGAACGAUUCUCUGGGCGCCCCAGGAUCGUCGGCCCCAUCGCAGUGAAGGACCAGACCCUGAAGCUGUGGAAGGAGAACCAUCAAUUGCGGGCACAGGUGGCCGAACUCUCUGCUUUGAAAAGCAUGGUGGAAUCCAUCAGCGUGGCAGCUGGGCCGCAGAUCUUUGCACGACUUCCCUGGCAGGUGCAGAUCUCCAUGUUUUUGGCCCAGCACAAGAUUUCCGGGUACGUUCAAGAAAUGCUGACACCUGGCGGCUGAGAUGCGCACGCCCCACAGGCGGAUCAGGACGUGUGCACGAAGCACAUGGUGAACUGAAGACCUUGGUUCUUGAUGAACCUGAUGUGAUGCUGAGCGAGGAGUUAAAAGAGGGACACGGGAGAGAUGCGCGGUGCAUGUGGAGGCGC